AUGCAGGAGUGGUUCCGCGAUUCCGAUUGGGUGGACGAGCCGCCGUCCAUCACGGUCACCAUGGGCUCCGGCGCGGUCUGCCAGCUGGACUGCACUGCCACCGUGGCUCUUCCGCCGGAUGCAGUCUUUAACGUUGUCCGAGACCCACAUAAUCGGCGCGUUUUCAAGAACGUAAAGUCCGUGAUCGACGUUCGAGUGGUGAGCGACGACGGCGCCGUGCAGCACGUGGAGAUGAACAUGACGUUCCUCUGGCGCCUGCCCGCCAUCUCCGGCACUUUCACCGCGCAUGUUCUCAUGAUCCAAGACCGACCCAACCGCAUGCUCUCGUACGAGCUCACGCGACCAGGAUUCAUGAAGAAAUUUCAGGGCUUCUGGAAGGUCGAGCCGCUCGUCGUGCCAUCGUCUCCCGCAAUCAGCGGCGCAUAUGAAUCUGAUGAUCGCGGCAGCCAAGGACGCGCCUCGCAGGCUGUCGCAUGCCUUGGAUCCGCACUGGAUUCGGACGACGCUAAUAUCGUCGUGUCAGGUGUGGUAACAGCAGCAGCUGCAGCAGGAGGACGAGGAGGAGGAGGAGGAGGAACAGUGCCGCCAGCGCUGUCGCCAGCAGCGAGGCGCGUCGCGUCUCGCAUCGUGUUGCAUCAGAUUGCACAGCCCUCCGUGGCGCCUCCUCCAGUGUUCCGCAAGUGCCUCAAGGGAAUCCUGCAAACCUCAACGCGCGACAUGCUCCGGGAUUUCCAAACCGAGGCGGCGCGAAUCCGCUCCAGCCGCAGCGAGGAGCGGCUCGGAGAGACAGAGGAGGGAGGUAAAGGGGCACAGGUAGCGCGGGAACGAGCUGAGAAGCGCACCGCGUCGUUUCUUCACAAGGAGACGUUGCGGGCCUCGGGACUAACGCCGGGGUCUAAAGUUAUAGGCUCUGGUGGGUUCGCGGCUAAUCUGGGGAAGAAAACCGGGAUGAAUCUAGUGAAGGGCGCCAUGAGUCGCAGCAAGAAAGGGCUCACGUCUCUGGCGAAAGCAGGGAGGAAGUGA